GGGUUUGUGGUCAGUCUUUCACUUCUCUUCCUCUCCUCCACUGACCUCUCUCUCUGCUCUGCUUGUCCAUCAGAGACAUAUUUUAGUGCAACUGAGUGAAAAGAAAGAAAGACUGAGACGCCUUGAGAGGCUAAAGGCUCAGUCUUUGAGGGCCUCUUUGUGUAUUGCUCAUGCCCUCAAAGCCUCUCAGGCCUAUAAUGAAGUAAUGAACCCAGAACCAAGCCUCUUCUUCAUAGAAGAAGAUGGAUCCGCCAUUUCUCUUGGACGCUCUGUUCUGCUCGGAACAACGUUUGGAUGAGGAAGAGCAAGAAGCUACGGUGUUGGACUAUUCAGAGGAAUUUGUUGAAGAUAGUUCUUUUUAUAGCAACAACUCUUCGUCUUGUAAACAACAACAACAACCAAUAAAGUCCCCAAUCUUGCUAGAGCAAGACCUGUUCUGGGACGAUGAGGAACUCACCUCUCUGUUGUCGAAAGAGAAACUGAAUCAAGAUCGGAAAAUCCUGAAUCCCAACUCGUCUUUGGCCGGGGCACGUAAGGAGGCUGUGGAUUGGAUGCUGAGGGUCAAUGCCCACUACUCUUUCUCUGCUCUCACUGCGGUUCUGGCCGUCGAUUACCUCGAUAGGUUUUUCUUCAGCUUCCAAUUUCAGACCGAGAAGCCAUGGAUGACACAGCUCGCUGCCGUGGCUUGUAUCUCCCUUGCUGCAAAAGUGGAGGAGACCCAAGUCCCCUUAUUACUAGACUUCCAAGUUGAGGACAGCAAGUAUGUGUUCGAAGCUAAAACGAUUAACAGAAUGGAGAUUUUGGUUCUCUCAACUCUUGAUUGGAAGAUGAAUCCGGUGACCCCAAUUUCGUUUCUUGAUUACAUGACAAGGAGGUUUGGUUUGAAAGACCAUCUCUGCUGGGAAUUCCUCAAGAGAUGUGAGCUCAUCAUUGUCAAUCUCAUCUCAGAUUCUAGGUUCUUGUCUUUCCUUCCAUCUGUAGUGGCUACUGCCACAAUGCUGCACGUUGUCAAUAACAUUGAGCCUUGUCUUCAAGUUGAGUAUGAAAACCAGCUCUUGACUAUUCUCGGAAUCGACAAGGGUUUGGCGGAUGAUUGCUCUAAGCUCAUAAUGGAACUGUCAUCAUCGUGGUCGAGAAACAAGCGCAAGUUUGGUUACUCAAUUCCUGGGAGCCCAAAUGGAGUCAUUGACAUAUCAUUCAGCUCGGACAGCUCAAAUGACUCAUGGGCCGUGGCCUCAUCAGUCUCGUCCUCACCGGAACCUCUGUCCAAGAAAAGCAGGGCUCUGGAAAAGCAGCUUCUGGAGAAGCUCAACCAAACAGCAAAUGCAGCAGCUGAUAUUCUCAGCCUUCCACGCCUUCCCUAAUUGGUUCCCCUUCUUUCUAAGGAACUGCCUAAUAAUAAUACUUUAUGUUCCUAAUUUGUUUAUUAAGUUAGUUGUUAAAUUGCCUACCAUCUCUGUAUUAAAUUUUCAUCCCCAUAUAUCGAAUCGAUCGAUAGGAUCAUCAUCUUUGCCUCGCAAUGUGGUGAUCCGAUCUAUGGAUUAUGAUCGGAUACGGGAUUAGGAAGCGGAGAUGGUUGGCAUUUUAUCCGGAGGAAAUUUCAUGACGAACAAUCAUCAACAUUAUAGUAAUGAAGAGUACUUGCAUCAUUGGGCAACAUUA